AUGACAAGCGGCCAAGCGACCACCGACAAGUACGUGCUGUACUCGUACUGGCGCAGCAGCUGCUCGUGGCGCGUGCGCGUGGCGCUCGAGUGGAAGGGCAUCCCCUACGAUUACCGAGCCGUUCACCUGCUGACCGGCGGCGGCGAGCACCUCAAGGACGAGUACACGGCGCUCAACCCGAACCAGCGCCUGCCGACGCUCGUGGUGGACGGCCACGCGCUGCCGCAGUCCACCGCCAUCCUCGAGUUCCUGGAGGAGACGCACCCGGAGAAGCCGCUGCUGCCCAGCGACCCGUUCGCUCGCGCCCAGGUGCGCAACUUGUGUGGCAUCAUCGGCUGCGACAUCCAGCCGAUCCAGAACUUGGCGGUGCAGGUUAAGGCGACCGAGAACGUCCCGGAGGAGCAGCGGCCGGCCAAGAAGCAGGAGUGGGGCAGAUUCUGGACCGAACGAGGCUUUGAGGCUUUCGAGAAGGAGCUUGCCAAGACCGCGGGCACGUACUGCUUCGGAGACGAGGUCACGCUUGCGGACUUGUACCUGCAGCCGCAGAUUUAUAACGCCAACCGCGUCGGCGUGGACAUGAGCAAGUAUCCGACGAUUGUCCGCAUCGCCGCGGCGCUGGAAGCCUUGCCAGCGUUCCAGAAAGCCCACCCGUCUCAACAACCCGAUGCCGUCAAGUAGGCCGCUUUGUCCAGUAAGUAACGGAUUUUACCGAAUAUAAGCCGGUCUUCUAAUUCU